GAACCCGGCUUCUGGGGGCCGUGCGUCCGGGUUCGUGUCUGCGGAGUUGGGCGUUCCCCGAGCCGGCGCGUCCUCUGCUUUUCCGCAGAGCCCGGCGGCCCCGAGCGCGGAGCGAGGACUCAGGCUCCGAAGCUGCGGGGCAGGAGUCCGCGUAUCCUCUUUCUCCCGUUCGGGCAGAGGCUACGUCGCGGGGGGCCGGGCCCCAGCACGCUCCCCAUGGCGGGGCCGCGGGUGGAAGUGGACGGCGGCAUCAUGGAAGGGGGCGGGCAGAUCCUGAGGGUGUCCACGGCCCUGAGCUGUCUGCUGGGCCUCCCUUUGCGGGUGCAGAAGAUCCGAGCCGGCCGCAGCACGCCGGGCCUCAGGCCUCAACAUUUAUCUGGAUUGGAAAUGAUUCGAGAUUUGUGUGAUGGGCAGCUGGAGGGGGCAGAAAUCGGCUCAACAGAAAUAACGUUUACACCAGAGAAGAUCAAAGGUGGAGUCCACACAGCAGAUACCAAGACAGCAGGGAGUGUGUGCCUCUUGAUGCAGGUCUCAAUGCCCUGUGUUCUCUUUGCUGCUUGUCCGUCAGAACUCCGUUUGAAAGGUGGCACUAAUGCUGAAAUGGCCCCACAGAUUGACUACACAGCCAUGGUUUUCAAGCCAAUUGUUGAAAGAUUUGGUUUCACAUUUAAUUGUGACAUUAAAAUGAGGGGCUACUACCCAAAGGGAGGUGGUGAAGUGAUUGUCCGAAUGUCACCAGUUAAACAGUUGAGCCCAAUAAAUUUAACUGACCGUGGCUGUGUGACUAAGAUUUAUGGAAGAGCUUUUGUUGCUGGCGUUUUGCCGUUUAAAGUAGCAAAAGAUAUGGCGGCGGCAGCCGUAAGAUGCAUCAGGAAGGAGAUUAGGGAUCUGUAUGUUAACAUCCAGCCUGUUCAGGAACCUAAAGACCAAGCUUUUGGCAAUGGAAAUGGAAUAAUCAUUAUUGCUGAGACAUCCACUGGCUGUCUGUUUGCUGGAUCAUCACUUGGUAAACGAGGUGUUAAUGCAGACAAGGUUGGAAUUGAAGCUGCUGAAAUGCUGUUGGCAAAUCUUAGACAUGGUGGUGCUGUGGAUGAGUAUCUGCAAGACCAGCUCAUCAUUUUUAUGGCGUUAGCCAGUGGAAUUUCCAGAAUAAAAACAGGACCGGUUACACUUCACACCCAAACAGCUAUACAUUUUGCUGAGCAACUCGCAAAGGCUAAAUUUACUGUGAAGAAAUCAGAAGAUGAAGAAGAUGCCUCUAAAGACACUUAUAUUAUUGAAUGCCGAGGAAUCGGGAUGACAAAUCCAAAUCUAUAGGGUGUUUGCCUUUUAAAUGAUACUUCAGUGAUAUUAUUGCACUAAUCAUUUCAUAAAUAUUAUAGAAUAGAAUAAGAUGUAAUUUAUUAAAGGACCUAACUUUAAUUGAAGUACAGAAUGUUCUAGAUUUGCUGAGAAUGCUUCAUCCAAUUAAUCUCACUUUGACUAUCUUCUGAGAUAGAUAGGGACAGUGAAUAAGAGCUGGUGGAUAUGUAAAAUAGUCAAUUUCAUUUAUUAAAGUAUUGCAAUAAAAUAUUCUUUUCACCUAAA